AUGACAGGUGCUGGCUUACCUAACAUUCCAAGGCCACCACCAUCAAAGGAGAAACAAAAAGAGAAUCAAGGGACAACAGAUAAUGCUGCACAAUACUCAGUCACCUCCAUCUACCAUGCCCAUAUUGCAGACUCGAGCCGCAAAGUAACAGCCACAUGGUGCAAAAGCCUCGUUAACCAUUCCUUUACUAUCAAUGUGGAAAAUCCUUCCGAUGAUCAAAGUCCUUGCACCUGCAAGAUUGAUUUAAAAGCAUGGCAGUUUUGGGGCAGAAAAGGUCUCAAAAGUUUGGAAGUAGAUGGCAAGCGGGUAGAUGUCUACUGGGAUUUUCGACAGGCAAAGUUCUCCAGUAGCCCUGAGCCUUGUUCAGACUAUUAUGUGGCAAUCGUGUCUGAGGAAGAGGUGGCAUUAGUUGUAGGAGAUAUGAAGACAGAUGCUUUUAAGAGAACCAAGAAAAGACCAUCCUUGGUAGAUGCUAUCUUGCUGUGCAAGAAAGAGCAUAUCUGCGGGAAGAAAUUAUUUUGCUCCAAAGCCAAACUAAAUGAGGGGAAACACGAGCAUGACAUUAUGAUUGAGAACUCUCUAUCUGGUCCUGAUGAUCCAGAAAUGUGGGUUAGCAUAGAUGGUACUGCUGUGAUUCGGAUCAUGAACCUGCAUUGGCGGUUUAGGGGAAAUGAAAUUGUCACAGUGAACAAUACACCAGUACAAAUCUUCUGGGAUGUGCAUGAUUGGUUGUAUAAUACCUCUGGUUCAAGCCAUGGUUUGUUCAUCUUCACGCCAGGCGUGCCAGAUUCUGCAGCUCAUUGUGAUUCAGAUGGCUGCAACACAUAUGACUCACCAAGGGACAGCCAGUCAGUGCCAAGAUUUUGCUAUGUUCUUUAUGCUUGGAAAACUGAGUAGGAUCUAAUUUAACAAAGUCAUUUGUUGCG